CCUCAUUUAGUAGUAUGACUCGAUCGCUUCCAACCCCCUUUUCUACUGGUUUAAAACAGCCCAACUUACGCCACCAACCAUCACACAUUGUCCGUCUCCGGGCCCUCCCACUCCUACUGUCGGUAGUAAGUGAAACAAGUUCUUAACACCUUUGACUGUCAUACACAGGAUCCUUCUCCUCCAAGGGAGAAGCAGAACGCGGAAGCGACGGCACCGUCAGCCCACUAUGGGUGAACUCAAUCGGCAUGCUGAGCUAGCACGACUGGAAAGCAUAGAGCAGAGUUGUAUAGGCCGUUUCUUUGUUGCCCUUGGAGCCAUGGACACCCAGAGAAUGCAGCUUGAAGAGCUUAUCAAGAAGCGGGACCCUGGCCCCGCCAUUCACCGUCUUCCUGUUGAGCUUCUUGUGCUGAUAUUCCGCUUCACAAUUGUUUGUCCAUAUUAUGCGGGGACAUAUAAACUUGACAUUGAAAUUGGUUAUCGGAGGAGAAGUCUGGCUAUUGUCUCGCGACGUUGGAGAGAUGUGAUCCUGGAUACUCCUAUUCUCUGGCAGGACAUCUGUCUGGCAUCACCACAAGAUCGACACACACUGGUGUUGCAGUUGAAGAGGAGUCAAGGUUUGCUUCUCGACGUCACGAUCACAAAUAAAUUGGCAGAUUACUCCACUACUGAUGAGUUGCUGCACCAUCUCCGUCCAACCACGAACCGCUGGCGUAGCCUCCACAUCUGUGACAGUGACAGCUAUCCAAGUACAAAUUCCAUCAUUCACGAGUUGAGCAAGUUGGAAUUUCCUUCCCUUGUAGACAUUCACGCCGAAAUGUAUCCUCUCGACUUGGAGUAUCUUGGUCUGCAGAAUCUCUUACCACGUGCAUCUGCUCUCAAGCAUCUAAAGUUCGAAGAACUUUCCCCAGCCGAUGAUUUUUUGAUAGCUAACCCACUCGAAACUCUGGAACUGACGUUUGCAUCGGAUGAUAUGCCUCAGUGGAUCCUGUCGCGGAUCCCCAACUUCUCAUUAAUCACGCUCUGCCUUCAAGGUGAUGCUUACGACUGGGUGCUCGAGCCAAACAGUAUCCACUUCCCACUUCUUGAGAAACUUGCGCUGGACAUUCCGGAUCCCGACCAAUUUUUGGAAGCCAUCUCAGCACCGAAACUUCAGCGCCUUGAGCUCACGGCUUACGGGUGCCAGUGGGAAGCCUUCAGUCGGUCCAGGUCGAAAUUCAGCACUGUCUACCAUCUUAUUCUUGAUUUUGGGGGAUCGAUUCCAGUUGACCCUCUAGCUCUCUGUUGGGUAUUUCCUAACACUCACCAUGCAGAGUUCAUAUACAUGGCAGACCUCCUUUCCCUCAUUGUGCCUAUGUCAUCCCCCGGAAAUCCCUCAGGGUCACAAACUCCAGCAGACAACUGGGCGAGCCUUGAAACAUUGUCGGUACUCAAUUCAGCCUGGGACUUAAACCACAUGGAAGAAUUUAAUCUACUUGUGCAAUGGCUACAAAUACGACACGGGCUUGGUUUCCCCAAGUUGCAUAUCAAGUUCAAAGGCAACUCUCAGAAUCCAGAAGAUUUAUCUACCAUUUGCAGGAAAUUACAAGACUGCUGCAUUCUGGAACAUUGCCUAUCAUUGUCCUUCGGCCAAUAUUACACCAUGGCGGGUAAACGAAGUGAAGAAGUCUUCAGAAUUUGGUAA